AUGGAAAAUAAUGCAUUUGCACAGAAAAUAUAUUUUAAAGGAUUUAAUGAAAGAAAAAUAAAUUAUUUAAAGUUUGAUGAAAAUUCAGAGAAAAUAAACAUAUCUAAUAAUAGUAGUAAUAUCCCGAUGAAAAGCAUUAGUAAUAAUAAUGAGCAUAUGCAAAUAGGCAAACUGAAUGUACAGAAUAUAAAUUCAAAUACAAAUUUAACACACCAAGGAACUAAAAAUAUGAAUUUUGAAAAUGAGUAUAUUAACAAUUCAACCCAAAAUAGCCAAAAUUUUAACAUAGUUCAUGGAAAUUCUGGAUAUUCAAAUAGCCAAUUGUUAUUUUUGAAUAAAAACAUGAAUAGUAAUAAUAGUAUAAACACACCAAUUAAUAAUAUAGGGAAUUUAAAUAGCAUGUAUAAUUUUAAUAAAAAUUUAAAAAGUAAUGAUAUUUUAAAGGAUAGCAUGUUAAAUAAAAAUGUGUAUAAUGAUUUUAAACAUGGAGACAAUAAAAUGGAUUUUAAUAAUUUGAAUAUGAAAUCAUUUACAAAGUCUAGAAAUAUGAAUAUUCACAAUGUUAAUAAUAAUUCGAAUAUCAGUGGAAAUAGUAAACUAAUUCUUAACGAUCUAAAUUCUGAUCAUAUUGGAAUAGGCAAUAAAAAUAAUAUUAAUGAUUCAUAUAUAAAUUCAUAUAAUUUAAAUAUAAAUAAUGGAAAUAUUCCAGGACAUCAUAAAAAUAUAAAUAACUAUGAUAAUAAUGUGAUAGACAAAGGAACAAAAAAUGAUACUAUAUAUAACACAGAAAAUAACAAUAAUAAUAUAAAUAGUGAUAAUAUAUAUCUUACUGGGGGAAGUAAUAACAAUUUAAAUAGAAAUAAUAUAAAAAGUAAUUUAAACAAUUUUUUAAAUACAAAUAUUUUAAUGAACAACCACAGAAAUAAAUUUACUAAUGAAAAUUCACUCAACAAUUUUAACCCCCCAAAUAAUGAACUUAUUGGAAAUAAUAAUAAUCAAAAAAAAAAAAAUACCCAUUUAAAAAUGUAUGAAAAUGAUAAUAUAAAAAAUUUUAAAGGAAUUGAAUCGAACAAUGAUUUAUUAAUUAAUCAUAUGAAUCAAGAAAUGUUAGGAAAUAAUUUUAACACCCAUAAUUCUAAUUCUAAUAUUGGAGGUAACAAUAUGUCUCAGCUAGCUAAUAUCGGAAAUACAUCUGGUCAUUUGGCUAGCUAUAAUAGACCAAACACCCACAAUAUUAACAAUAUUGGAAAUAACAAUAUUGGAAAUAACACACUAAAUAAUGUAAUGCAUAAUCAAAUGGCAAACCAGAUUAAUAACCAUUUAAGUAGCAAACCAAAUAUGACAAAUAUUCCAAAUUCAAAUAAUAUGCAUACCAUGGAUACAAACAUUGGACGAGACAUUUCAAAUUAUAGUAAAAACAUUUUAUUAAAAACAACCAAUGCUAAUAAUGCUGGGUCUCAUGCAAACAUAAAUAAUUACAACACAAAUCAUAGUAACAUGAAUUUUAGCAAAAUGAAUAACAUGUAUAGUGGCAUGAAUACAGGAGUUAAUAAUGUAGAAAAUAAUCAGAUGAAUACUCGAGGAAAUUUAAUAAAUUUUGAUUAUAUAAAUGAUAAAGAUAAUAUAAAUGAAUUACAAACAAAUAUGAUUCUUAAUGACAGUUCAUCAAAUUUAAAAAAUUAUUCUAUAAAUAAUGGAAAUAUAGAUUUUUUAAAUAAUACAAAUAAUUUUAACAAUGUGAAUAAUAAUAAUAAAAUUAAUUAUGUAUCUGAAAUUCAAAAUUUUAGUAAUACAUGUGGUGGUGGUUCUAGUGCUAACAUAAAUUAUAAUAUGGCUAACACAAUGAGAGAAGGAACUAAUGAAAUAAAAAGAAAUGAACAUAUUAUAUCUAAAAAUGUUGAUAUUUCUAAAAAAGGUGUUGUAGGAAAUACAAUACAAGGUAUGAAUUCAAAUAAUGUAUUAAGUACAGACAAUUAUGCUAAUAUGCUAAAACAAAUAUGCACACCAAUAAAAAAUAGAACAGACAGUAAUUCUAACAAUAUAGGAAGUAUCAAUGAUAAUCUAAUUAUAAAUGAUCUAGGCGACAAUUCCAAUGACUAUAGCUCAGGUGUAAAUAAUGUAUAUCCUUUUCAAAAUGAAAAUAAAAAUAUGACAAAUAAUGGAAAUAUCGGUGUGGGAGUUGGUGGUACCGAUUUAGCUGCAAAGCAUAACAAUGGCAAUACCAACGAUGAAGGAGACAUGAGGAGCAAUGGUCUAACCACAGGAAGGAACACAAACCAAAGCAGUAGUAACAUAUAUGAGCUUAAGAAGUUAAAUUUAUAUGCGGAAAGUAAAAAAAAGAAAGAAAACGAGGAGAAUGAUGAAAAAGGAUUUAAAAAUAAUAUUAAAAAAAAUAAAACGAAAGUAUUUUUUUAUAUAAAUCCCAAAUAUAUUAUAGAACCAUUAAAAAGAAAGAUAUAUCAAAAUAUGUCUGUUUUUAUUGAAAAUUUAAUUAGUGAUAUACAAAAGAUUGAAAAUAAAAACCGUGCCGAAAUUUUAGAAAAUCUUCAUAAUACCCCAUGGUUUUGUAUGAUAUUUGAUUUUGACGGUAUUAGUAAAUUGCUAAAUGUGUUUAAUAAAUAUUUAAUUUAUUCAGAUUCAUUAAUCAUACCAGAUGUUCUAAUAUCAAGCAAAUUCCAUAGUGGGACUUUACCUAACAUUCAUUCAGGUACUUCACCUGAUGUUGAUCAGGUCAAUACAACUACCAAUGCAAAUAAAGAAAGUGAAAAAAAUGGUGAGCCUAAUGAAAGUGAAAAAAAUGGUGAGCCUAAUGAAAGUGAAAAAAAUGGCGAGCCUAAUGAAAGUGAAAAAAAUGAAAACAAUUUGAAUAAUGAAUAUAUGCAAAAUUUUAAUUUUUAUUUUGAAAAAAGUAAUAAGUAUGAUAUAUUAAAUAAAAAAAUAUAUGAUUAUGAGAAUAAUAUUAUUGAAAAUGUGGAAAAGUUAAACUAUUUAAAAGAGUUAUGUAGAUCUUUAAAAAAUCAAGUAGAUUUAAAAAAAAAGAAAUUUAUAUUAUUAUUUGAAAAAGCAAAAUUAAAAAAUUAUAUAUAUAAGAAUAAAGAUUUACAAACAAUUUUAGAUAUCGAAAAGAAGUUAGCUACCAAUUUUGAUCAACCAAAAAUAAGUAAUGAUUAUUAUACAGUUUUUAAAAAAAUUAAUGAUGGUUUAAAUUAUUUAAAAAAAUAUUCAAAUAUAAUAAUAUCAAAUAAUGCUAUGUAUAAUGAAAUAUUGAAUGAACAGGAAAGUGGGAACUUUUGUGAGUCUUCUGUAUCAACAGAUGAACUAGCACAUGAACAAAAUUUAAAUGAUGAUCUUGAUAAUAAUAAUCCUGAUGAAGAUAUAAAUAAUAUGAAUGUCUCACCAAGCAAUCAAAUUAAUAAAAGAAAUGAAAAUAAAAAUGAAAAUAACAAUGAUGAUAAUUUAUUUUUUAAAAAUAAAAAUUCAAAUUUAAAAGAUUAUGAGCAAGAUAAAGAAGCUAGUAAAAAAAGAAAAACUGUUAAUCAAAUUAAAAAUUUACAAUGGGACAAAGAAGAAAAUGAAGAAUGGGUUGACGAUUUUUUGGAAGAUUUCUAA